UAGACCACGCCUGGAAGAGGGCAAAGAGAAGUUGGAUUAUUUCAAACAAACUUUUUUCAUUUGUUUUUAUGAGAGAUGCCUGAACAAAAAAUGUAUAUUCGAUAAGUGUGGAUUUUCAUUAAGAAAUGGAAGUACGUCUUCUGUCAGAUAAAGACCAUGAAGUUCUUGGUUUGGAAUACUGUCCUGGGUACACUGAUAGCUUUGGAAAGUGGAACACGGGAUUUUAUUGUCCGAGUCUGGGGAAUGAGGAGCCAGUUUACUGCUGUGGAACAGUGACGUACAAAUACUGUUGUACAAAACGAGACAGGGAACACAGUCCUGAACCUGACCAGACAUUCAUCCUUGCCAUAGCUCUUGGUCUUUUAUUGGUGAUUAGCUUGUUAACUCUUGUGUCUUGUUUCUUCUGCCAACGAUGUUUAUUUAACAAGCGAAGACAUACUGCUACCAAUGGAGGUCCUCUGUACCGACUUCAUUGUAGUAGUACCACAAGUGGUGUUGCCAACAUGUACUCCUUCUCUGGACAGAAUAGUGCUGCUACCACUCCUGUUGAUGGAAUAGAACCACAUGUCUUAAGAGAUAUAGCAUCUCGGCGGUCUCAUAUUCUCACAUCUCGUGUGCCAACUUUUAGUGCAGCUGUAGCCCAAUCCACAGUGCCAAACUUGACAGAGGAUUCUGUUCACAAUGAUCCACCCCCACCUUAUAAUACAGACAGUCCAAGAUCUUCAUUACUGUUGGCAGAACAAGAUCCAUUCUAUAGUUCUGUCUCUAGUCCUUCUACUACCAGUUUCACCCAAUCCCAGCCUCCCAGAACUCUACAUGGAUCUCAGUCUCCAGACAUCUCUCACUCUUUACAGUCAUCUCAUACAUCUGUCAGCAGCACUCAGCUCCAAGGUAGCACUGCUGCUGAGAAUAACAGUCUUUACUGGUCAACCAAAUUCUAAACAAAAUUUACUUAAAGUACCAUCUUUAUUGGUCAAGCUUCACCAUAGUCUUGUAUUUACUUGGUUUAUCUUUUCACCAUAUUUUGUAAUUGAUUGAGUUUCAGAUCAUGUUUCAUCUUAUUUCUAUUUUUCCUAGUCAACUAAAUGUCAUGAAAAAUUGCCUUUAUGGCUGAUUAACUCCAGACAAGGUUUUGCAUAUUAACCAAGAAUCUCUUUUAAUUUAUUCACAACUUUACUUUUCAGACAUGUUUGAGUUUGUCUUCUCAGUUAUAAUAUAUCUUAACAGAUCUGGUUUUACUAUUAUUUUCACAUUUGUUAGUGAAAACUAGCUCUUUCCUAAAUAUAUUUACUGUAUGUGUAUGUAAUGUCUUGUUGACAGUUUUCCUUAAUUAUUUCAGUUGUGUUAACCUAAUAGUUCAGGUUUUAUUAUUAUUAUGUUUGUUAGUGAAAACUUGUUCUGUUGUAAGUUUAUAUUUACUACAUGUGUAUGUAACGUCUUGUUGACAGUUUUCCUUAAUUAUUUCAGUUGUGUUAACCUAAUAGAUCAGGUUUUAUUAUUAUUAUGUUUGUUAGUGAAAACUUGUUCUGUUGUAAGUUUAUAUUUACUACAUGUGUAUGUAAUGUCUUGCUGUUACUUCUUUAUGGUGGUUUCAAUGGAGAUAUUUGUGAAACAGGAAGGUUUCCUGAAGUAAAGAACUCUACAGGACAGUUUAUUCACUAUGCUAACAUAUCAAAAUAGUUUACAUUUUAUAUCUAUUAAACAGAAAUCUGUAGUGGCUAAAUCUUUCAUAGUCUUUUGUUGGAAAUGCCACUGUGUAACUUUAUAACUACAGAUAACAUUAUUAUUAAUAAUUGUAAAACUUUAAAGGCUUCAAAGUGUUUAAAGUGCCAAGUUUGUUGGAGUUUUCAAAAGCUGUGUUGUGUCGGUAUUAUAGAUUUUCAUUGGUGUUAUAUCAUACUUUCCAAUAAGUAUUAAGUUGAUUUAUCAGUAUGAGCAUUCAGUUUUCUUCAACAUAUUCAUCUUGGAGACAGUUUUAUAUAUAUAUGUGUGUGUGUGUGUGUGUUUUGUGAACUUUUUAAAUGAAUCUCACUGAUAUACAGAAUACUCACUGUAUUAUUUUCAACAAUAAAAUAUUCAUUCUGUUA